GACGACGAGGAGGCACCUCGAACGUUUCCUCGCUCCAGACGACUUUGGAAAAUUGGCGAAAGGUGUAACGCCAGUCUAGAAUUGUCAAGCCAUCAUUGCCAAGACAUCUACUUGAAACGCAAAGAUGAACAAGGUGGAUUAUAUGGAAGUAACUCUCCCGAAUUAUUCUUACAUUUUCAAUUUCGAGGAGACGUUCAGUCAGCACGAGACCAAGCAAUGGAUGAUGAAGAAUUGGACGAACGGUUUUUACUACUGCGGAUUGUACAUGAUCCUAAUAUUCGGCGGGCAACAUUAUAUGGCCAGCAGGCCCAGAUUCGAACUCAGGGGAAUACUGUGUCUUUGGAAUACGCUAUUGGCUUCUUUUUCUAUCAUCGGCUUUACUAGAACGGCGCCCGAAUUAAUACAUGUUCUCAAGCAUCACGGAUUGCUCCACAGCAUUUGCAUACCAAGUUUUAUUGAACAAGAUUGCGUGUCGGGCUUCUGGACGUGGAUGUUCGUACUGUCGAAGCUACCCGAGCUUGGCGACACGAUCUUUAUCGUGCUGCGCAAACAGCCACUGAUCUUCCUGCACUGGUAUCAUCACAUUACCGUCUUACUGUACUCCUGGUUUUCCUAUUCGGAGCACACCGCGUCCGCGCGAUGGUACGUCGUGAUGAACUACUGCGUCCACUCGAUCAUGUACAGCUACUAUGCUCUGAAGGCGAUGCGGUACAAACCACCUAAAGCAAUCUCCAUGGUGAUCACCACACUUCAACUUGCCCAGAUGGUGAUCGGUUGCUAUAUCAACAUAUCUGCCUAUCAAUACUUGGAGAGCGGCAACGUGGACUGCAACAUCUCUCGCAUGAAUAUCCAUUUUAGCUUCGCGAUGUACUUGAGCUACUUUGUCCUAUUCGCGCGUUUCUUCCAUAAGACGUACCUGGCUGGAAAGAAGACCGACAAAAAGCACUUUGCCAAUAGCGCACCUGGUCACAUCGGCUAUAACGACAAGCUCAAAGUCAACUAAGGCGUUAAUUGGUACACUAGG